AUGACUGAUUUUCUUGAUGCUUGUCCCCUUGGUGGCGGGUGGGAGCGGGGAGCCGAAGCAGCUCGCCAGGGCUGGCAGCGGGGACGUUCUUGCAGCUCCCUGGAGCAAGGUGCCUCCGGCAAAGCCGCGGCAGGUUCGCUCGCAAAAGGCCGUUUUAUUCGCAGACCGCGCUGGGAAGCUGAGAUCCCCCUGAAGCGUCGGAGGUUUGGCGCUGACUCUCUGGAUUCUCUCUUGCUCGCAGAUUACUGCAUGAACCCGCAGACGGUGUUGCUGCUCCGGGUCAUCGCUGCCUUCUGCUUCUUGGGAAUCAUCUGCAGUCUCUCCGCUUUCCUGCUGGAUGUUUUUGGGCCCAAGCACCCUGCGUUAAAGAUCACUCGCCGCUACGCUUUCGCUCACAUCCUCACAGUGCUGCAGUGCGCCACUGUGAUCGGCUUCUGCUACUGGGCUUCGGAGCUGAUUCUCGCGCAGCAGCAGCAGCACAAGAAGUACCACGGCUCCCAAGUCUACGUCACCUUUGCGGUGAGCUUUUACCUGGUGGCGGGAGCCGGCGGAGCCUCCAUCCUCGCCACCGCUGCCAACCUGCUGCGCCACUACCCGACCGAGGAAGAGGAGCAGGCCUUAGAGCUCCUGUCCGAGAUGGAGGAGAACGAACCUUACCCAGCCGAGUAUGAAGUGAUCAACCAAUUCCAGCCGCCGCCGGCUUACACCCCGUGACGCUACCCGGGGCCGUGGGGCACGGUAAUAGCUUUCUCCCAGCCCUAAACUGUCCUCGGGUGGGGAUGUGCUCCCCGACCCGCAAGGGCCCCUUCACCAGUGCUUCGUUUUCUAGGCACCUUGUUCACUCUUCUGAGCUCUUCCACGCAAAGGAAAGGACUUGUUUUAAGAAUCGGAUGACCAGCGGUUUCUUCA